AUGGCUGAUCAAAACACAUCGUUAGGGAGUCUAAUGGAACCGAAGAGGUCUGCAGAACUGGCUGAUCAUAUCACCUCGGAUGAUAGCGAUGAAGACAUGCUUGAUGAAGGUCCGAAUGAUGAUGAUGCCGCUGAAAUCAGCGAAGAAGAAACCGAGACUCGGCAACAGUGUGCCUCUGCCGCCGUCGAGGAUAUGAUAGGCAUCGAGAUGGCGAAGAGAUACAAGGAACGAAAGACCGAAAUGAGCGACUAUGGAAGAACUUAUUGCGCAAUUCCAACCUGCUCUCACUAUAUUCCGCCACAGAACAUCCGUCGUGGAGUGGGAAUCUGCGGGCUCUGUAAGGCUCGAACAUGCACCGAUUGCAAAAGCCAGGGGCACAGAGGUGAUUGCAACUACAAGAAGGUCAAGGCUAGGAAGAAGGCCAUUGCUAAGGAGAAGGCCGCGGCUAAAAAGAAGGCCACGGCUCAGAAGAGGGCCAUGGCUAAGGAGAAGGCCAUUGCUAAGAAGAAGGCAAUGGAGGAGGAGAUGGCCAAUGAUGAGAACUAUCAGUUGCUUGAAAAACUAGCAAAGAAGAAGAAGUGGCAACGAUGUUCCAAGUGCUCUAGAAUCAUAGAGCGUGUGACAGGCUGCUGGCACGUAGUCAAGCUUCCGAGCAAGAAGACGAUGAAAGUGUGA